GGAUCCAGCUAAUUAGGCAGAGGGAGGAGUUACUUCCUUUGUCUGCCUCAGGGGUCAUGUUUAAGAAAGCAGCAUGGAAUAUUCCCUGCAUGCAAUGAUGGGGUCCAGCCGGCUUAUCGUGUUAGGCUUUGUGCUUGCAUGUGUCAGGCUUAGUGGAGCUCGAUUCCCCGGUAUGAGAUUGCCAAUCUACCAGGGGGUCGAGGCGCAGAAGCCUGCAGAGGUGGAAGCCGAGCCGGCAGCAGGACCUGAGAGAGAGCACUCCAGGGAGUCUGCUCAACAAGCUGGCAGGCUCCAGUCCAAGCAGAUCCAGCCAGCAGUCGAACCACUCCCCUGGAAGUAUCCAGAAGAUCCAGUGGAUCCACUAAACAAGCCCCCUGCCAAGUUUGAGCUACGGCGGCCGGGGAAAACCAACCGUGUUGCUGUUCGGUGUGGGGAAAGUCGGAUCCAGGUGGAGGCAAGCCAGGACCUGCUGGGCCUCGGCAAGCUGAUAAAGCCUGAGGAAAUCACACUCGGUGGUUGUUCGGCUACUGACAUCGACAAAGGCGCUCAGGUGGUGAUCUUUGAAAGUGACCUGCACAGCUGUGGCAGCACACUUGUGAUGACAGAGAGUGACUUCAUUUAUGCCUUCACACUGGUCUACAACCCUAUAGUGUCUGGCAGGAGUCCCAUCAUAAGGAGCCAGAGUGCUGUCAUUGGAGUGCAGUGCCACUAUCCAAGGAAGCACAGUGUGCAGAGCAGCCGGCCGUAUCCUGCAUGGAUGGCCCACAAAGACACUGCAGCGGCUGAGAGGCAGCCGCAGUUCUCUCUGCAGCUCAUGACUGAUGACUGGAAAUCCGAGAGAACCUCAAGCAAGUUCACCCUCAGAGACACUGUCAACAUGCAGGCAUCGGUCAUCCAACUCAUGCAUCCUCCCCUCAGAGUGUUGGUGGACAGCUGUGUUGCUACCAUGACGCCACACCCCAAUUCUGACCCAGCGCAUGCUUUCAUAAAGAACCAUGGGUGUCUGGGCGAUCGACACAGCUCCAGGUCCAGGUUCAGGCUGCAGUCUCAGCCUCAUAAGCUCCAGUUCCAGGUGGAGGCUCUCAGCCUCCAUCUGCUGAAGACAGUUUAUAUCACUUGCAAGUUAAAGGCCAUCCCAGCUUCAUCUGCAGUUACCACUGAACACAAGGUGUGCUCCUUCUACAAGCAUAGGUGGAGGGCACUACGUGGCAAGGACGAGUUUUGUGCCUGUUGUGAGUCUAGUUGUGGAAUGAGGAAGGUUCGAGACCUGGAUGCAGACACAGCUUCUUCCAGUGACCUGACGACUGAAUCGCUCAUCAGCCUCUUUCUCCCUGCGGUUUACAGUGGGCUCACGUUUUCCAGUUUGGAUGAAUAUAUUGAUUUCAAACACGGACAGCAGCUCAGCUCCAUUUUAUGAUGACAGAAACAAACAUUUCUGUGUGUGUGUUAAGCAACAUCUGUUGAAUGUGUAUGUAUGUGUGCUGUCCCUUUCAUCUCACCCACAGUCUCUCCCUCCCCCCUCCUCCUCCUCACUGCUGGAGCACAUGUGGCUCAGAACUGUGUAGACCGUUUCAUUGAUGUGCAGAUUUUGCUGAAAGGCCUGUCAGACAUAUAAUGUGUAUUAUCAUGUCACAGACAUGAAAAUAAACACAACAGGUGAAGAGCAGUGUUUUCCCUGUUUGUGCUCUUUUUUCCUCUUCCUCCCUUUCUCCUUCUACCGUCGCUGUCAUUUUUCUGUGAUUGUCAAAGGCAAACUGGGUAGAAAAGCAGGGAUGGCAGUAGCAGAGCUGCAGCAGUAACACAGGCGUCACACACUGCAUGCACACUCGCUCCCGGCUCAUCGCAAGCCUGUCUACUCAGCAGUCAAAUAGUGUUACACACAGCAUAUUCUCCAACACCACAAAUGGCUGGGAGGCCAAGUUCAAUGACUAGAAUUAACUUAGGUGAAGCCAAGCAGACUGUCACUCGAACAUUUUUAACCUUAAUGUCCUUCAAAUAAGUGACUUAUGUUAAAAAUCACUCCCUGUUCAAUUGUCAUGUUGGAGGAAAAUGGCGCGAGAGACCAAAACCAUUUGACCUGGCUGUUUCACUCGCUUUCAGAGCCAGCCUCAGGUGGACAUUCGUUGGCAUCACAUUGGCUUCAAACUUCAGGCCUGGAGGUUGCAGCUUGAUAUCUUCAUAAUCCAGGCUUUAGCUCCAAUAGGUCCCUAUAUAAUGAAAACAAUAGAUGAUAUUUUGCUGUAAG